UUUCCAGGGGCAGGGGGCCCACAGCAGGGUGGUUGAAACCACACGCACACAUGCCCGCCAGCUGUAGCCCCGAUUCAGCUUUUUUUACUCGAUUUGCCUUGCCAACUGAACUGCUGCCGUUUCAUUCCAACCCCAAGCGCGCUGAGGCCAUCCUGCUCGCACGCGCUCUCCGACGCGGGCCACCCCUAGUGCCAUCGCACUCGCACCCGCCCAUUUCGGUAUAGAGAAAAGUUAUUAGUAGCAAAAGUAUCUUUGAAGAAACGGGUUCGUGUGCGUUCCAUGCCAGCUGCACAGCACACACACACUGGCGCAAACGAACACAUGCGCUCUUCAUUUUGUUUCCCGAUGGAAAUGGAAAGACGGCGUAGAGUUGUCGCUGCGGCGCGCGGCUCAGUUUGAAAAUAAAUUUGGCGGCGUGCGGUUCUUGCGCUCUGCGGUCCGGUCGUCUGAAAUUGUGUUGGGCGUAUUGAACGGACAAAAAGUCUCGCGCCGACGCGACGCAUACUCUUGAUACAUUGUAUUGUUGUUUUACUUUUUUUUAAAAGUGUCAACGGUGUUGUUAGUUAGUGAAGACGUGAUGCCGUGCCACAGUGGAAACCCCGUAUGGCGAACCGUCGCUGGCAACGUAGGCAGUGAAAUGAAAACAAGCGUCUAGAUUAGUCGUUGCGUUUUAUUAUUUGUGUGUGUAAGGUCGCGUGCACAGGUGCCUGAUCAUUACACUUGCACUGAGAAAAAAAGUGACUGCAGCCAGCGGGGAGAAUGUGGAAGUAGUGACUGUGAGUGGAGUUUUGUACUAAUUACUACUGCCCGUGCACGAAAUACUCAUUUACACGCAAGCACACAUACACACACUGAUACUUGCGGUCGGAUUUAGAUUCGUAUUCGUUUUUGUGUAUAUUUUGUUGUCUUGCGUUCCACGUUAUAUGUUUGUUGUUGCCUGUAUGUUUAUAUUAAUUGCCUCCACAUAUUUGUGUGUUUUGUGUUUGUUAAUGUACAAUACAAAUAAAACAAAAAGAAACUAAAGGCCAAAAAGAAAGCACCAUGCCAACAAAAACAAUGAAAACAACGAGUGUCUCCGCCGCCGCCGAAUACAAAACGCCACCGCCGACGCAUGCAUACCUUUAAUUUAUUUCACAUAUUGUUUUUAUUUUGAAUAAUGGAUCGUCGUGCAUUGAAGUUUAUGCAAAAAAGAGCGGAUACAGAAAGCGAUACAAGCACCACAACAGAGAGCACCACAGCAUCCCAGGGGAAUCCAGCAUUGCCCAUAUCAUCAGGCGGCACCCUACCCCUGAAGGACAACUCCAACAUCCGCGAGAAGCCGCUGCAUCACAGUCACACCAACAAUAACAGCUCCCAGCACACACACUCACACCAGCAGCAUACCCACCAGCAGCAGCAACAACAACAGGGCUGUGGCAAGCAGCUCGAGCGGCCACUGAAGUGCCUGGAAACGCUCGCCCAAAAGGCGGGCAUCACCUUUGACGAAAAAUACGAUGUGGCCAGCCCCCCUCAUCCCGGCAUUGCCCAGCAGCAGGCGACUCCAGGAUCAGGAACAGGAUCAGGCACAGUCACCCCCACAAGCCAUCGCCACGGAACCCCGCCCACUGCCCGCAGGCACACCCACACCCCAAACACUCCGGGCAGGCCCAGUGCACCCAGCACACCCAACUCCCAACCCAAUCAUUCCCAUUCUUACGCCCUUGCCCGCCACACCAGCCUCACGCUGGAGAAGGCGCAGAAUCCCGGCCAGCAGGUGGCGGCCCCCACCACGGUGCCGCUGCAGAUCUCGCCGGAGCAGCUGCAGCAGUUCUACGCGAGCAAUCCCUACGCCAUCCAGGUGAAGCAGGAGUUUCCCACACACACGGCCGGUGGAAAUGGAACGGAGCUAAAGCAUGCAGCCAACAUCCUGGAAGUUCAGCAGCAGUUGCAACUGCAGCAGCAGCUAUCGGAGACCAGUGGUGGAGGAGCAGCCGGAGGAGCACCUAGUCCAGCCAACUCACAGCAAAGCCAGCAACAGCAGCACUCGACCGCUAUUAGCACCAUGUCACCGAUGCAGCUGGCGGCGGCCACCGGAGGUGUUGGCGGGGAUUGGUCGCAGGGGAGGACAGUGCAGCUGAUGCAGCCGUCUACCAGUUUCCUUUACCCGCAGAUGAUCGUGUCGGGCAAUCUGUUGCACCCCAGCGGCAUUGGCCAGCAGAACAUCCAGGUGAUCACCGCCGGCAAGCCCUUCCAGGGCAACGGUCCCCAGAUGCUCACCACCACGACGCAGAACGCCAAGCAGAUGAACCUGGGUCAGGCGGGAUUCGCCGGUGGCAACUACGCCACAUGCAUUCCCUCGAACCACAACCAGUCGCCCCAGACGCUGCUCAUCUCGCCGGUGAACGUCAUCUCCCACUCGCCGCAGCAGCAGCAGAACUUGCUGCAGUCGAUGGCCGCCGCCGCCCAGCAGCAGCAGCUUACUCAGCAGCAGCAGCAGCAGCUCAGUCAGCAGCAACAGCAGCAGCAGCUCACCCAGCAGCAACAGCAGCAGCAGCAACAGCUGACAGCUGCUCUGGCCAAAGUGGGAGUGGAUGCGCAGGGCAAGCUGGCCCAGAAAGUGGUCCAAAAGGUGACGACCACCAGCAGCACGGUGCAGGCGGCAACGGGGCCGGGAUCCGCUGGAACCACACAGGCGCAGCAGGUGCAGCAAGUCCAGCAACAGCAGCAGCAGACCACCCAAACCACUCAGCAGUGCGUGCAGGUCUCGCAGUCGACGCUACCAGUGGGAGUGGGCGCCCAGUCCGUGCAGACUGCCCAACUCCUGAACGCCGGCCAGGCGCAGCAAAUGCAGAUCCCCUGGUUCUGGCAGAAUGCGGCAGGACUACAGCCCUUCGGCUCUAACCAGAUCAUAUUGCGCAACCAGCCAGAUGGGACGCAGGGCAUGUUCAUCCAACAGCAGCCGACGACUCAGACCCUGCAGACGCAGCAAAACCAGAUUAUCCAGUGCAAUGUGACCCAGACUCCGACAAAGGCACGCACACAACUGGACGCACUUGCUCCCAAGCAGCAGCAGCAGCAGGCAGGGUCGACAACCCAGACACAGCAGCAGCAGCUGGCUGUGGCCACUGCCCAGUUACAGCAACAGCAGCAACAGCUCACGGCAGCAGCUCUGCAGCGGCCAGGAGCCCCGGUCAUGCCUCACAACGGAACUCAAGUGCGUCCGGCCAGCUCCGUAUCCACGCAGACAGCCCAGAAUCAGAGUCUGCUGAAGGCCAAGAUGCGCAACAAGCAGCAGCCGGUGCGACCCGCAUUACCCACCUUGAAAGCGGAGAAUGGUCAGGUCGCGGGCCAGAACAAGGUGGUUGGUCACUUGACCACCGUGCAGCAGCAACAACAGGCAACGAAUCUCCAGCAGGUGGUCAACGCGGCAGGCAACAAAAUGGUUGUGAUGAGCACGACGGGCACACCUAUUACGCUGCAGAAUGGACAAACACUUCAUACAGCCACUGCGGCUGGAGUGGACAAGCAGCAACAGCAACAGUUGCAGCUGAUUCAGAAGCAGCAAUUCCUACAGCAACAAAUGUUCCAGCAGCAGAUUGCUGUCAUUCAAAUGCAACAGCAGGCGGCGGUUCAGGCGCAGCAACAGCAGCAGCAACAGCAGCAGCAGCAACAAGUCACCCAGCAACAGCAGGUGAACGCCCAGCAGCAGCAAGCGGUAGCGCAGCAACAGCAGCAGCAGGCGGUGGCGCAGGCUCAGCAGCAGCAAAGGGAGCAGCAGCAGCAAGUUGCCCAAGCACAGGCGCAGCAGCAGCAGGCGCUGGCCAAUGCGACCCAGCAAAUCCUGCAGGUGGCGCCCAAUCAGUUCAUCACAUCCCACCAGCAACAGCAGCAGCAGCAACUGCAGAACCAACUGAUUCAGCAGCAACUGCAGCAGCAGGCGCAGGCACAAGUGCAGGCCCAGGUGCAAGCCCAAGUGCAGGCCCAGGCGCAACAGCGUGAGCAGCAGCAGAAUAUCAUCCAGCAGAUCGUGGUCCAGCAGACGGGCGGAGCUACCGCCCAACAGCAGCAGCAGCAACCGCAGCAGCAAUCCGGACAGUUGCAGCUGAGCAGCGUGCCCUUUUCGGUUUCUUCGACGACGACGCCAGCCGGAAUAGCCACCUCCAGUGCCCUGCAGGCGGCCCUCUCCGCCUCCGGCGCCAUCUUCCAGACAGCCAAGCCCGGCACCUGCAGUUCCUCCCUCCCCACCAGCAGUGUGGUUACAAUCACGAACCAGAGCACCACUCCGCUGGUCACCAGCAGUACUGUUGCCAGUCUGCAGCAGGCACAGGCUCAAGCUCAGCUCCACCAGCAGCAGCAGCAGUUGAUUACCGCCACCAUUGCAGCAGCAACUCAACAGCAGCAGCAGGGACCACCUUCACUUGCGCCCACCACGCCCUCUCCAACUUCUAAUCCCAUCCUGGCCAUGACCUCAAUGAUGAAUGCCACAGUGGGCCACCUGUCUACUGCUCCGCCCGUGACUGUUUCUGUGACCAGCACGGCUAUUACUCCGUCGCCGGGCCAGCUGGUCACCCUCAGCAGUGCUAGCAGCGGAGGAGGAAGCUUCGUUUCCACGCCCACCAAGGAGACGCCAUCGAAGAUGCCCACCGCCACGCUGGUGCCCAUUGAUUCGCCCAUGACGCCUGUAUCUGGACAUGACACCUGCACCACACCCAAGUCCUCCACUCCUGCCAAUGUCAGUGCAUCCGCGGAGGCCAGCAGUUCCACGAGCGAGGCUCUGCCCAACGGAGAAGCCACAGACCGGGCUUCCACGCCCUCCAAGGUCGCUACCACUCCCACCAGCCAGCAAAGCAGUGCGGUGCAGUCUACGAGCAGCAGCACCACUCCCAGCUCUGCCAGUGGAAAGGAAGAUCCCAAGGUGGCAACCUCCGUCAGCUCUACUUCCGCCACAUCAACGCCAACCAUGACAACGAUCAGCAAUGGGAUCGGGAUAGCCAGAACAGCAUCAAGCACCACUUCUAGCACUACCGCUGGCACAACCACCACCAGUUGCAGCACUUCAACCACAAGUUGUACCAGCACCACCACAAGCACUACAACUGGAGGGGUAAGGGAUUUGCCCAAGGCGAUGAUCAAGCCGAAUGUCCUAACCCACGUCAUCGAUGGAUUCAUCAUCCAGGAGGCCAACGAACCUUUUCCCGUCACCAGACAGCGAUAUGCGGACAAGGACGUCAGUGAUGAGCCACCAAAGAAAAAGGCAGCCAUGCAGGAGGACAUCAAGCCAAGUGGAAUAGCAUCAGCUCCAGCUUCGGACAUGGUUGCCUGCGAACAGUGCGGGAAAAUGGAACACAAAGCGAAACUCAAGCGGAAGCGAUACUGCUCGCCGGGAUGCGCCAGGCAGGCCAAGAACGGUGUCGGUGGAGUUGGAGCAGUAGAGACCAACGGCUUGGGAACGGGUGGAAUCGUUGGCGUGGACGCCAUGGCAUUGGUGGACAAACUGGACGAGGCGAUGGCCGAGGAGAAGAUGCAGACGGCGGCCAUGGAGGCGAUGUCUGAAACCCUGCCCAUUCAGUCGCCUCCAACAGAGAUGCCACCGAUGACACUGGCAGUGCUAGCAGCCAUCCCAGCGUCUUCCCCACUUUCAAUGCCUCUGGGAUCACCGCUACCAGUUGCAGUUCCUGCUCCUGCACCACUGCCCGUGGUUACUCCUGCGGUGGCACCACCGUCUUCGACUGCAAAUGGGCUGGAUCGUCCGCCCAUCAGCAGUUGGAGUGUGGAGGAGGUCAGCAACUUCAUCCGAGAACUGCCUGGGUGUCAGGACUACGUGGACGACUUUGUCCAGCAGGAGAUCGAUGGCCAAGCACUGCUGCUGCUGAAGGAGAACCACCUGGUGAACGCCAUGGGCAUGAAGCUGGGCCCAGCCCUCAAGAUUGUGGCCAAGGUUGAGUCCAUGAAGGAGGUUCCGCCACCGGGCGAAGCUAAAGACGCAGGAGCUCAGUGAGAGGAGCCCCAGAAGAUGAUCUCCUAACCGGACAAUGCGCCUGGUCUCCAAAAUGUCGGCCGUGCCACGUGAAUCUAAUUCAAUCGGACUGGCGGGAAAACACAAAUCCAAUUGUAAAGUCAUUACUAACAUCAGGCCAGCAUACCCCAACACACAUCAAAUUGUAUAUAAUUCCAAAAUCAUCAUUUACAUAUUUAUUUAGCAAUUAAAACACCCGACAGUCAAAACAAAAAAAAUGAGUUACUUAAACUAAGUAUGAGCUAUAAAUAAUGUUUUAUUGAGCUGCCAGCCAAGUAAAAUAAAUAUAAUUCUACAAUUAGGCAUAAGUUUAGAGCAUAUGUACUAUGUAGAAUUUUAACAACACUCGUCAUGAAUAGAUUUUACAAGCGUUUUAAACUAAGCAAUCAAAUUUACUGCUAAGAUUGUCCAAAUAACUAAAACAUUUUAAAUUUACAAAAGAAGAAAUUUCAGCUAAAUGUGAACUCGAUCUUUUUGCUAAAAGGUUUUUUGAAUGCCUAGACAUAAGCGUAUUUUUUUUUACAUUAUUUUUUUUUUGCUAUUACUGAACAAAAUAAAAAUGCACUGUAUAGUGUUUAUUAAAU